GUAAUGCAUCCACUGAUAAAACAUUCUGUUGUUUUUCUGCAGACACCAUCAGACAUUAUACAGAACAAACUUCAAAACAUGAGCACCCUGAUAGGAUUCAACCAUUCCAUCGCCAACAAGACCACCAUUGAACAUCUGACCCACUGUCAUCAAUUUAAUACCACAACCCACUUCUUUUUCAUUGUUGUCUACAGUGUGUUGUUUCUGGUGGGUUUGCUCCUCAAUGGCUUCAUCUUGAGGUUUUACUUCUGCCAACCUCAGAAGACGUCUAGUACUAUGAUGGUCUACCUGAAGAAUCUGACAGCUGCAGACUUUCUGCUCAGCUUCUCUCUUCUUUUCUACAUCAUUAAUUCAACUAGCAGCUCCAUGACCAUCCGACUGGCCUACUGCAAAGUUGGCCUUGCUAUCUUCUAUCUCAAUAUUUAUGCCAGCAUCCUGUUCAUGACUUACAUCGCCGCUAACAGGUAUCUAAAGAUCAUCCAUCCUCUAAAAACUCACAUCCUGCAGACUGUGCGAGCUGCCUGCAUCAUCUCUGCAGUAACAUGGGUUGUCCUCAUCACCAUGGUGAUCAGCUACAGCUCUGUGUCACUCGUUGUGCAACACAACUCGACGUCUGUCCCCUCCAGCUGCAUAGAUUUGAGCAGUACAAAGCGCAGUGUGCUUCACAAAGUCAUCCACAGCUGUAUAUUGGCCAUCUUCCUGUCCAUCCUCAUCUUCAUGGUGUGUGUCUACUACCACACAUCCCGCAAAGUGUCCAUGGCGCAGCAGAGUCAGCUGACGUCCUCCAGCACCAAGAGACUGGCUAAGGCGCGCAGGAACAUGUUGGUCCUGGUCAGUGUCUUCUGUGUUUGCUUCGUCCCCUACCACUUGAUCCACAUCCCUUACAUUUUCUUAGGGUGUUCCCGGACCCAAGUUCUCUACCUCCUUCAAGAACUGAGCCUUGUAUUGUCGUCGCUGAACGUCUGCCUGGACCCCUUCAUCUACUUCAUCUUCUGCAAAGCCUUCAGGGAGCAGCUGAAAAUGAAAACGAUGUUCCCACAGGGAGGCACAACAACACAAACCACAGAGAGAAGCAAUAGCCACUUAAGUGUCAUCGGAAAGAACUAAGACAGUCCCUUUUCCAUAUGUGUGGUACAACUUUCCAAGAAUUUUUCUCACAUCCUGAUAGAAGGACAAAAAAUUAAGAAUGUAACUGAAUUUAAAUAUUUAGGUGUUACAUUUGACCCAAAUCUAAGCUUUAAAAAGUACAUUCAAAAGAUGACAAAUACAAUAACAUUUAACUGUGCUAACUUCAGCUAUAUCAGAAACUCACUGUCCACUGAAGUGUCAAACAUGUAUCUAAAUGCAGUGAUAGUUCUACAUUUUCUUUACUGUAUGACCAGUUGGUUGCAGGCUUGUAAAUCUGUCCUAAGGCCUCUAGAAUCAUUGUAUAAAUAUUCUCUCAAGAUCCAUGACAAGAAAAGGCAGUAGUCCAUCACUGCUCAGUUUUGUCCAAAUAUAAGAUCUUAAGCUUCGAAAAUGUAAUCACGUAUACAAAUGUGUGUCUGUUAUUUAAGGUGAUCCAUAAUUCUGCUGCUCCUCCCUUGAAAAAGUUUAUUUCUUUGAGUUCUGGAAAAACAUCUCAAACUACUCGAUGAACAGCACACAGCAAGUGCAGGAUUCUGAGGCACAAAACAGCAUUUGCAAAUUCAGCGUUCUCAUGUGUGGCCAUGCGACAGUGGAACACAUUACCAACAGAACUACUAACAAUUACAA